AUUGUGCGUCACUGUUACAGUUGACAAGUUAUCUUCCCCUCAAGCUUUCUCUCUCUACCAAUUAAGCUUUCUCUCUUCCCUGCCUCCGUUAGACCCGCUCUGUAUCUUUUUAUGCGUCUUCCUCUUCUCAUUAGGGAUUCGGAUUCAUUGAACAGCAAACUCACAUCAUCUGCGUCUCUUCUCUCUCUUUGUACACGAUGACCUCGAAGAGCAGCGGCUUGUCAGCGGCGCUGGUCUCGAAUCUCCAGGAUGUGCUUUCCAAGAGAAAAGGAGUGAACGAUGGAUCGGCGGAGGAGCCUCCUCCGUCUACUUCUGAUUCCCUCGAUGUUACGGCCAAGGAGAAGGAGAGUGAUGACUCAAGACCCAUCGUUUUAGUGACGAAUGGAGAUGGGAUUGAUUCGCCAGGUCUCGUCUCUCUCGUCGAGGCUUUGGUUCGUGAAGGGCUCUACAAUGUCCAUGUCUGUGCUCCUCAAACGGGCAAAUCGGCUUCUUCUCAUUCUGUGACUCCUGGAGAAACCAUUGCUGUAAGUUCCGCUGUUAUCAAAGGUGCCACAGCCUUUGAAGUUUCAGGGACUCCUGUGGACUGCAUCUCAUUAGGAUUAUCUGGAGCCCUUUUCGCUUGGUCGAAACCAAUACUGGUGAUUAGUGGAAUCAAUCAGGGAUCAAGCUGUGGUCAUCAAAUGUUCUAUUCCGGUGCAGUAGCUGGCGCUAGGGAAGCCUUGAUUUCUGGAGUACCCUCUUUGUCAAUAUCACUCAACUGGAAGAAAGAUGAAAGCCAAGAAAGUGACUUUAAGGAUGCUGUUGGUGUCUGUUUACCUUUGAUAAACGCAACAAUCAGAGACAUUGAGAAAGGAGUUUUCCCUAAAGAUUGCUCUCUCAACAUACAAAUUCCAACAUCACCCUCAUCAAACAAGGGUUUUAAGGUAACAAAACAAAGCAUGUGGAGGCAGAGUCCUAGCUGGCAAGCUGUUUCUGCUAACCGUCACCCAGGUGCUGGAAAUUUCAUGUCGAACCAACAAAGCCUAGGAGCUCAACUUGCCCAGCUUGGUAGAGAUGCUUCAGCCGCUGGGGCUGCUCGCCGUUUUACCACACAGAAGAAGAGUAUUGUGGAGAUUGAAUCAGUUGGUGUUGCUGGUAAAACUGAUAACCGUGUUAAGAAACACUUCCGCCUAGAGUUUGUGGCCAAAGAACAAGAACAUACGGAUGACGAUUUGGAUAUCAAGGCUUUAGAAGAUGGUUUUGUUUCUGUGACUCCACUGUCUCUACUUCCAAACAUAGAUUCAGAAACUCAAGCCGCGGCAUCAGAAUGGAUCUACAAAUACCUUAACGCCGAUCAAUGAAAAAGGGUGAUGUGGCCAAAACACUGCCAAAACAUCUGGUAACUCGAUGCUGCAUUUGUUUGUUCGUGUGGUCUUUGUAGGCAAUUAGCCCUUUUGUUUAUCUAUUUUAUUCUAGAAGCCUCGUGGGGUGUUUUUGUUGGUUUGUUUGUUUGUUUUGUCAGUAGCUAUUUGGGAACGCUUACUUUUGUAAUUGGCAAAAAGGGUUUGUCUGAUUUUAAUUUGAAAUGGUGGCUAUAGAUUUGACCUUA